CGCAGCGCGGGGAGGAUAGCUCAGGGGCGGGGCCUGGCGGCGAACUAUAUAAGGCCAGGCGCACAGCGCCCCCCUCCUCACUCGCGCGUUAGGAGGCUCGAGUCGUUUUGCUGUCCUGUCUUCCCGCCUGCGCCAGGGACCUGCCCAACUCAGUGGCCACCAUGGCAUCAGAUGAGGGCAAGCUUUUCGUCGGAGGGCUGAGUUUUGACACCAAUGAGCAGUCACUGGAGCAGGUCUUCUCAAAGUACGGACAGAUCUCUGAAGUGGUGGUCGUGAAAGACAGGGAGACCCAGCGAUCCAGGGGCUUUGGGUUUGUCACCUUUGAAAACAUCGACGAUGCCAAGGACGCCAUGAUGGCUAUGAAUGGGAAGUCUGUGGAUGGGCGGCAGAUCCGGGUGGACCAGGCAGGCAAGUCAUCUGAUAACCGAUCCCGUGGAUACCGAGGUGGCUCUGCUGGAGGCCGGGGCUUCUUCCGCGGGGGCCGGGGCCGGGGCCGUGGUUUCUCCAGAGGAGGUGGGGACCGCGGCUAUGGGGGGAGCAGGUUCGAGUCCAGGAGUGGGGGCUAUGGAAGCUCCAGAGACUACUACAGCAGCCGGAGUCAGGGUGGCGGGUACGACCGGAGCUCUGGCGGGUCCUACAGAGAUAGCUACGACAGUUAUGCCUAUGGAAGCUGCAGCCCCUCGGAGGACAGAAGUGUUGUGCGCCCAACAGAACCCUCUGAGACGCAAGCCGCUCCCUGGGCUAGCUCAUAUGUGGAGAUAGUCCUGUCACCGAGGUUGAAUGGAAGUCAGUGUGACCCGGAGGAAGUGUGGCCUGAGAACAGUGUUGACCUGGGGUUCCUGUCCCAGGAGGGACUCUACCCAGGAUCGAGCCAGAGGCACGGAUGCCUGCCCUCGCAGCCCGUCGCCUCAGAUGUUUUACUGGCAAGGUUGGGGCACGGGGUUCAAGGUGCUCCAGGAGGACAGGCCUGUGGUGCUGGCAAGGCGGUCGGUCCUCACCCGCGAUGUGACAAGAAAGCGUGGAAGUCACGUUUGAAUAAAGGGAUGGUGUGUCCACCCACAAAUCUUGAGUCUCGUUUGGGGCGUGGUGUGGAGGGCGGACACCGAUUCUGCAGGGGUGGUCCAGAUGGAAGGGGUGUGGUGGAGAGUCCACUGGAGAAAACCUGUUUCGGCCUUCCUUCUGGGCAUGAGCUGGAAUCAAACCAGGAAGACAAGCUUGACAGCUCAUUGCCGCCUUGGGCUGUUCCCCUGGGACUGUUCUCUCAGGGUCUGAGGGUGUGGCCAGACUGAGCAGAGGAGGAGGUGGUCCCUUGGGUCCCCCAUCCCAGGGGGGGCAGGCAUCUCUCCCAGAGCCCAGGCUGAGGUCUUGGUGGUGACCUUGGGCAUCUUCAUCUUUGCAGCCCACGGGGCUGGUGGCCUUGCUCCCAAGCUGCUU